ACAAAAUACUGUUAAAAACUCUGAAAUUCUUCCAAGUAAGAAAAAAAUGAAAAAGGCAAAGCAAAAUAUGAGUUCUCUCUUCCUGCGGCAACGCGGUUUCCUUCUUCUGAAUACUCAUCACCUCCAAAAGCUAUUCUUCUCUGAUCAAUCAUGGCUUUCCAAGAAAGGAAAUCCUCUUAUAAAGUGGCCCCCACCAUCUUCACCUCCUUCUGCUACCAACAGCAAACCUCACCCAAUUCCCACCCCUGGUUUCUCCCAAACCAAUUUCUCCAUCAUCUCCAAUCUCCUAAAAAACCCUACCAUUGCCUCCGGUUCGUCUCUCGAGUCCGCCCUGGACCAAACAGGAGUAGACCCAGAUCUCGGUUUGGUCCAGGCAAUAUUCGAUCACUUUGCUUCUUCUCCAAAAUUGUUGCAUAAUUUAUUUCUCUGGGCUGAAAAGAAACCUGGGUUUGAAUCCUCUGCGACGCUGUUUGACUCUAUGGUCAAUAUUCUUGGCAAGGCUAGGGAGUUUGAGGACGCGUGGAGUUUGGUUCUCGAUCGGAUUGGUGAUGGAAAGGAGGGUUCCACUUUGGUUUCCGUCAAUACCUUUGUAAUUUUGAUCAGACGGUACGCUCGCGCAGGUAUGACUCAGGCUGCUAUCCGCACAUUUGAUUUUGCAAGCAGUUUAGAUCAAAUUUGCAAUUCUGAUGAGAAAACUAAUAUGUUUGAAAUAAUGUUGGAUUCUCUUUGUAAGGAAGGGCAUGUUAGGGUGGCAUCAGAAUAUUUCACUAGAAGAAAGGAAAUAGAUCUUGCUUGGGUUCCAUCAGUCAAGGUUUAUAACAUACUAUUAAAUGGAUGGUUUCGGUCGAGAAAGCUCAAACAUGCAGAGAGACUUUGGUUGGAUAUGAAAAGGGAUGGUGUGUCUCCUAGUGUUGUAACAUAUGGUACCCUUAUAGAAGGAUACUGUACAAUGCGUCGUGUUGAGAUGGCAAUGGAAUUGGUGGAUGAAAUGAAGGGGGCAGGAAUUGAGCCAAAUGCAAAAAUAUAUAAUCCAAUUAUUGAUGCACUGGGGGAAUCUGGUAGGUUAAAGGAGGCAUUAGGGAUGAUGGAAUGGGUUUUGUUGUGUGAAUCAGGCCCUAAUAUUUCCAUGUAUAAUUCUUUAGUGAAAGGUUAUUGCAAGGCCAGAGAUUUAGUAGGGGCUAGUAAAAUACUUAAGAUGAUGAUUAGCAGGGGUUUCAUCCCAACCACUACAACCUACAAUUAUUUCUUUAGGUACUUCUCACAAUUCAGGAAAAUUGAGGAAGCUAUGAAUCUUUAUACAAAGAUGAUUCAGUCUGGUCACACUCCAGAUCGGCUUACUUACCAUCUUUUGUUGAAGAUGCUGUGUGAGGAGGAGAGGUUGGACUUGGCAGUUCAGGUUAGCAAAGAAAUGAGAGCAAGGGGAUAUGAUAGGGACUUGGCUACUAGCACCAUGCUGAUUCAUUUGCUUUGCAAAGUGCAUAGGUUUGAAGAUGCUUUUGGGGAGUUUGAGGACAUGAUACGAAGGGGUUUGGCUCCACAAUACCUUACUUUCCAGAGAAUGAAUGAUGAGUUAAGGAAAAGGGGAAUGACUAAGUUGGCAAGUAAACUUUGUGAUAUGAUGAGUUCUGUCCGUUCUUCCAAAAAAUUGCCCAACACAUAUGGUGGAGAUGAGGACUCAUCACGAGGAAGGAGGACAUCCAUAAUGCGGAAAGCUGAAGCAAUGUCUGAUAUUCUAAAGACAUGUAAUGAUCCAAGAGAACUUGUUAAGCAUAGAAAUUUAUCUGAUAGGGCUGUAUCAAGAGCAGGCCAGUUGAUUGAGAUUAUCAAGAAAAGAGCUAAAGAGACAAGUAUGAAUAGUUAAGGCCUAAGAGCAAGGGAAAUGACAACAAUGGAGCUAGCAUCAAGAAAUUUUGAUGCAGGUGCUAUUGGAUGGCUUCAGUUAUCUGCCAGGGAAUAUUUAUUGGAAAGUGAUUGUGGAGAAUUGUUUUCUGAUUGAGAUAGCAUGUCAUAUACUGUUAUGAAAGUUUGUGUAACUUUCAGUAUUAGACCACCAGCAGUGUGAUGAAAAUGAAAGACCAUUUAUAUACUGCAUGUAUUGGGAUGUGAAGGACACAAUGAUAGAAAAGAUUGAUGCGAAAGCUUUAGGAUUCCUGAGCUCUUUCUUUUUAUUUGAAAUUGACUUGGAGGGAUUUUUGAGGCCGCAAUUACUUAGCACCAUCUCUUCUUUUGUCAUUUUCACUAUUUCAUUGUCAAAGAUGGAAUCCCAAAUCUAUGUUCUUGGAUUGAUUUGAAGGGUUACUGCAUGUGGAAUGUGGGUAAGAUAUAAAUUAUACUUAAUUAUUCUAAAUUGUGGAAUCAUGUUAUUUACAUUUUUUGGGUUCUUUUCCCCUUCCCCCACUUUAAUAAAAUGAGACUAAAACUACUCUUCAAAGAGUUUUACUUUCUUUUAAGCUUGACAUGCAUAAUCAGUAGAUGAUGUUUCAUUAAACCAAGUAAGCUAACACAUUUUCCUUAAGUUUAAUUCUCCAAAUUUCUUUCCCAAACUGUUAUAUGUAUUGCUUUUUCAAUGUUACUAUUAUAAGUAUUAGAUACAACAAUUAUUUGCAUCUUUUGUUGGUAAAACUUUGACCCCAUUACAUGCUCAAAGUUGUCAGGUCUAUUUUAAAAUUUUGGCCCCCUAUAUAGACAAAAUAGUUACCUACAUUACAUCGUCAACUUGAUGGGCCCUAUAAUCUUGUAUAUAUGAAUUACCCUUGCACUGUGGACCCUUUGAGGACGAAGGUUCUCUGAUAAUAGGAAUUGCUUCUUUCUCAAACUUUGGCCCAACAAAAAGAGAACCUCCCCUGACUAAACAAUUUCUUUGACAGGGGUUAUUUUGACUUGGGUGAUUUUAGCAAAUAUCUUCUGUAAAGCUGCCAGAAAUUUGGGCAUAUGAAGCUGGUUUUGCUGUGCAUCUGCAUUGUGCCUUUGAUAUAUUAUGUAUUUUUUGUAUAAAGUGUUUUUCUGUUAUGCAAUAUGCCACCGCCGAAAACAGGACCUAUUUACACAUCUAGUAAGACUAGGCUAUUAAACUUUGUCAUUUCAUUAAUACCUAUGCUUGCUAUGAUAUCCUUUGCUGGUCAUGUUUCUGAAUUGGUGCUCCAUUCUCAACAUUUUGUAAGUUAGCAACUAUUUAGCAAGCACACUUUUAUUUAAUAGCUUUAAAAUGCCAGUCUUAGAAAAGGGGUCUUUAGCAAAAGAUGGAUUUUUCCUGCUUCCCAAUGGGUGUCUGUUGAGUUAUGAAUCAUCCUUAGUGCAAGGCAUGUGUACCUGUUACUAUUUUGGAUGUAGUACUUAGGAGAAAAGUAUUUUGGAGAUGUACCCCGUUUAGGAAUUUUUUUCCUUUUUGAAACAUUGAAUGCUGAUAGUAUUGGAAUCAAGAAAUGAAAGGUAUGUUAAGAAACAAGGCAUAAUAACUUAUUGUGUAUAUACUUUUGAACUUGGUCUAUUACGCGGUUUGAACUGAUUUCCUUGCAUCCUGUCUUGAUUACAUUUCCGUUUCCUUGCAUUUGCCAUAACUCUUAAGUCUCAUUUCGUCACUAUGAAUCACUUGUCACUCAAUCAUUAACUU